CAUCCACGGUGCCAGCAAAACAAGUCCACGGGAUGGGGUAGUGUAGGCAGCCAGGAGGUGUACCGCGGGAGAUAUUGAACCUCCUUGCCACCACCAGUAGGCACUCUCUGGCUCCCUGGCCUUCCCUACCCCUACCCCUACCCCCUCCCUCCGUUCUUCCGCAAGGGGCACCCUCGCCACCGCCAGCUCUCCCCCCNCCACGUGACCCGAGACGACUAGACAGCUAUCCGCACAACCUCCGUAGCCGCCAGCCAUUCUUCACCAUGCCUACCAUCGUCCAGGGCGCCAGCACGGCGUCGUCGUCCAUCAGCUUGACCAAGACCAUUGUGGGCGCGGGCCUCCUCUCCAUGCCGUUGGCGUUCUCCACCGACGGACUUGUGUUUGGAGUGUUCAUCAUCCUUUUGGCUGCCUCCACCUCUGGCUACGGACUCUUCCUCCAGGCAUACGUGUCCCGCUACGUGCCUUCCAAGAACGCCACGUUCUUCAACUUGUGCUCCAUCACCUACCCUGCGUUGUCAGUGGUGUUUGACUUUGCCAUCGCCAUCCAAUGCUUUGGGUCUGCGUUGUCGUACUUGGUGUUGAUUGGCGAGAUCAUGCCCACCAUCGUCCACCACAUCCCGUUGAUCGCUCCUGAGCACUACCGUACCUUCUGGGUGCUUGCCUCAGGCCUCAUCUGCGUGCCGCUCUCGUUCUUGAAGAACUUGGACUCCCUUAAGUACACCUCCAUCCUUGGCCUUGUGGCCAUCGCCUACAUGGUGUUGUUGGUGAUCUUCCACUUUGUGGCCGGCGACGUGCCCCAGGACCUCAGGGGCACUAUCGGCUUGUUUCCUGAGUCCGCCUCCGGCGUGUUCUCCACCUUCUCCAUCAUCGUGUUCGCCUACACAGGCCACCAGAACAUGUUUUCCAUCGUCAACGAGUCCAACGACCGCUCGCUCUCCAACUUGACCCGGGUGAUCAGCCUUGCGGUCGUGGUUUCCUCCGCCUUGUUCCUCCUUGUCGGUGUUUCGGGCUAUCUCACCUUCGGGGACUUGGUCUCGGGAAAUGUCAUUUUGCUGUACCCAGCAGGGUGGACCACCACUUUGGGCCGGUUCUCUAUCGUUUUCAUGGUCAUCUUCUCCUUCCCUUUGAUGUUCCAUCCGGCCAGAAUCUCAGUCAACAACAUUGUGUUCUGGGUCCAGACUAACGUCGGCAAGUCUCAACCAGAGGAACAAUCCACCACCUUCUCCGAGUCCACCGAAUCGACCGCAUUGCUUGGAGAUGCACAAGAACUGCAAGCCCCCAAGCCCCGUGGUCUUGUCGUUCCUUUCCCAGACAGAACCUUUGUCAUCAUUACUCUGAUUCUUUUGAUUGUGGCAUACGUCCUUGCCAUCUCCGUCACUUCCUUUGCCUUCGUGUUGGCUAUUGUUGGAGCCACCGGUUCCACCGCGAUUUCUUUCAUCUUGCCUGGUUUGUUCGGCUACAAGUUGAUCGGUUCCGAGCUGGACGACCCUUCGGUGUUGGAAACAAUCUUCAAGAACCUCUCGUUGGGAUUAACUAUUUGGGGUUUUGUAGUCAUGGUGUUGUGUUUGUACACCACCAUCACUGGGGUUUAGACUUGAUUAAGCUAGAUUUAAUAGAAUAUACUAUGUAAUUACUGUAGGAUAGACUAAUGUGAAUGCGACUGUGGGCUUUCUGGUGACAUCAUCUUUACUAAAACGAUUAUACCUCUCGUACAGAUAUAUUGGGUGGUAAUUUAGUCCUAUGGUUCUCGAUUGUUACAGCUGAAUACACUUUUGUUCGUUUCUGGAAAAGUUCUUCCCCUUCUGUUAAAUGAGUCCAUUUUCUGUGCUACUUCAAAAUUCAACUGAUUGAAUAUUGUCUACUAUCAUCUCGGAAAAAUAGCUAGAGAUACCAAUGGUCCUGACAUUAUCAAACUGAGAAUAUUUGGGUGUCCUUUGAGUCAUAAUUAGCUCUAUGACGAAACGGCGUAUUAGUAUUCAGUUGACUGGGGCUGCUGGACGCUGAACUGUUUGCGCCUUUAUAACA